AUGGCCGCUGCCGUCGCUAGCCGUGCUCUCCUUGCCGCUCCGGCUGCUGCCGUUGCCAAGGCUCAGACCAAGAGGGCUUUCUUCGGCAACAUUGCUGGUCUGGCACCCGUUGCCCGCCGCUCCACCCCCGUGGUGAAGUCCCUGGCCGUCAAGGCUGAGACCAACUACCAGGUCAUCGAGCCCCUCAAUGGCGACCCCUUCGUCGGUGGCCUCGAGACCCCCGUGACCUCUGCUCCCCUGGUCGCCUGGUUCCUGUCCAACCUCCCCGGCUACCGCACUGGUGUGAACCCCCUCCUCCGCGGUGUGGAGACUGGUCCUCUCCGCGGCACUGAGGUUGGCCAAGUUGCCGGUACCCUCGGCGCUGCUGCUCUGGUCGCCAUCCUGUCCAUGUGCCUGACCGUGUACGGCAUUGCCUCGUUCAAGGAGGGCGCUCCCUCCACCGGCUCCACUCUGACUCUCAGCGGCCGCACGAAGGAGGCUGACAAGCUCCAGACUGCUGACGGCUGGGCUUCAUUCGCUGGCGGUUUCUUCUUCGGUGGCCUGUCGGGUGUCGCCUGGGCAUACAUCCUGCUCUACGUUCUGGACCUGCCCUACCCCGUCAACCCCCUGGUGUUUUGCGUUCACUGUGCGCCCCCUCCCUUCCUCUCACACAUGCACUCACGCUGUCUCUCUCCCUCAGUACUACCCCGUGCUGCCUUGCUCCUCUUGCCCGCCCACCUAUCGUCCAGUCUCCCAGCGUCCAUCUUCCGGCGACUCACAUUGCCUCCUCCCCUCCCAGCGUCCACUCUCUUCCCAGCAGAUGAGCCAGCCGCUGGGGUUUCUGUUCCGUCAGCCCCUUCCACGAGAGAAGGUAGCAGCGCAGCAACAUCACUAGCAGCUGCCGGGAUUGAUGAAAGCACCACCACAGCUGGCACUGAAAGUACUGGAACCGCUCACAGCUUGGAUAAUGGCAGUAACAGCAGCAGCAUUACCCCGGUGUUAGGGUUAGGAGGAGAGCGUGUGCGUGCAGUGCUGCCACCGAGGGACCUUGCACGCGAGGAGACGAGAAGGGAGGAGACAGGGAGGGGAGGAUUUGUGGGUCGAGUAGAUGGUGAAGGUGGAGUGACAGAGGAAGGAGUGCGUGUGGUGGAUGCUGCUGGGGAGAUAGGUGCUGGGCAAGGAGAGGAGGGAGAGGGAAGGGAAAGAGAAGAGGAAGGAGGAGGAGGAAGGGUAGGAGGAGUACCAGGAGGAAGGGAGCGAGGUGCGUUGGAAGGUUCGAAAAAGAAGACAAAGGCAGGGAGAGAAGGGCGCAAGAGGGUGAAGAAGCGGAGAGUGAGAAGGAUUCGUGUGAGGAGAAAGAAGAGGAAUAGAGGGAGGAUGCAAGGAGUGGAGGUGGAAGGAGAUGAAAGAGACGAGCGCACAGGUGGUGGGAGAGCAGCAGCAGUGUCAGCAGAGGCAGAGAAUUUGGAUGCUGAUGUUGGAGAAGCAGUGGUGGUGGGUGGAGAGCGGCAGAAUGAAGAUGGCCGGAGCUCUGGCGUUGGUGGUGGUGGUGGUGAUGCUGAUGGGGAGAGAAUAGAUGCUGAUGAAGAUGAGGAGGGGAGUAGCUCUGUGAAAAAAAAUAUGAGGGAGAUUGAGGAGGAUGAAGGGAAGGAGGAAAAUAUGGGGGAAGAGAAGGAGGAAUUAAAAGGGGAAGGGAAGGAGGAUGAAGAGGGGGAAGGGAGGGAGGAAGGGAAGGUGCAAGGGACGGACGAGGGAAAGGAGGACGAAACGGAGGAAAGGAAGGAGGACAAAAAGGAGGAAGGGAAGGAUGAUGAGGAGAGGGAGGAAGGGAAGGGGGAGGUAGGGGAGGGUAGAGAGGAGGUUGCAGCAAGGGGUGAUGACAGGAAUGAUCCAGCAGAGGAGGUGGAGGAGGAGGGGGAAACGAAGCAUGAGAAUAAUACUACUACUAGAGGUGAGGGAGCUAGUAAUGAAGGGGAAGGAGGGGUUGAUGUGGAUCAUGAUGAGGAAGAAGACGGCAAAUGA